AUGGACCAAAUCGCGGAACCAUCAACUACAAGUCGAAAUCAUUUCGGAAACAUGCCUUCGAAAUGGAAGAAGGGCGAGCAUGAAGACGAUUCCAGCCAUGAUGCCGUCUUCGGAGAGAUUUCCAGCGAGGGUCCCGACUACCGAAGUGUCGGAUUGGUCGGUACUGCUGGUUUGAUGAUGAAGACACAAAUUGGUCUUGGUGUUCUCUCUAUUCCGGCCACAUUUGAUGCUCUUGGUUUGAUACCAGGUGUCCUUUGUCUUGUUGCCAUCGGCCUCAUCACAACAUGGUCCGAUUGUAUCAUCGGUGUCUUCAAACUCCGCCAUAGACAUGUUUAUGCUAUUGACGAUGCAGGUGCCAUGAUGUUUGGUCGGGCAGGUGGGGAGUUCUUCGGGUUCAUCAUGUGGCUCAACUGGGUCUUUGUCUCCGGCGCUGGAAUGUUGAGUUUGUCCAUCGCUCUCAACGCGGUUUCCUCACAUGGAGCAUGUACUGCAAUCUUCAUUGGCAUCGCAGCCAUUUUGGGAUUUGCACUAUCCAGCAUCAGAACGUUGGGCAAGAUGAGCUGGCUUGCAUGGGUUGGAGUCAUCAGCAUUGUCAUUGCCGUUCUCAUGGUGACUAUCGCCACGGGAGUACAGGACAGACCCGACGCAGCCCCCCAGGACGGUACCUGGGUUUCCGACUACCAGCUCUUCAAGACCCCAACCUUUGUGCAAGCAGUAUCAGCCAUCUGCUCAUACGUUUCGGCUUAUGGUGGCACCCCAGGCUUCUUUGCCAUUGUGGCUGAGAUGCGCAGACCGGAACAGUACAACAAAGCUGUCGCCAUCUGCCAGUCUAUUGUCACUGCUCUCUACGUCACGGUCGGUAUAGUCAUGUACUACUUUUGUGGCUCUUACGUGUCAUCCCCAGCCCUUGGGUCGGCUGGUAUGGUCAUCAAGAAAGCCAGUUACGGUGUGGCUAUCCCAGGAUUAAUCGUCAGCAUUACUCUGGUUUCACAUUUACCUGCCAAGUACAUGCUUGUGCGUUUUCUACGAAACACCAAGCAUCUCACCUCCAACUCGGCAACCCAUUGGGCAACUUGGUUGGGCUGCACAUUCUGUGUGACAAUCAUCGCUUACAUCAUCGCAAGCGCAAUUCCCAUCUUCUAUGCCCUUGUCUCCCUGAUUGGAGCUCUUCUUGGCAGUCUUCUGUCGUUCCACGCUAUGGGGUUCAUGUGGUUCUACGACAAUUGGGAAAAGCGCAGCCUGUCUCCCACAUGGGUAUUGGCUUGUGGUUGGAGCAUCUUUGUCAUUGCUGCUGGCACAAUAUUGAUGGUUGCUGGAACCUAUGGAUCAAUCUUGGAUAUUAUCCAGGCUUACAAGGCGACUGGAGGCGCAGGUGCAUGGUCGUGUGCCGACAACUCCAAUUCUACCUAG